UCACAAGGAAAGCUAAGUUGUUGGUGACAACAAACUCGUCAUUGCUGAAAAUUGUGUAAAAUUACCUCUUGGCUUAGAGUUAUGUAAAGAAAAAAAUAGUGGUUGGUUUUGUAUUUGUGGCUGUCAUGUCCAGAUAUUUGUUUUUGGCUCCUGGCUUCUCUCUGCCCUUCAGUCCUCUCGCUCCUGAAGCCUUUGAAGAGAUCAAAUGCCUUGCCGGCCAAGCUUGGAAACAACACAUUCAAGAAAAUGCAAAGGGUUCGACAACCUAUACUGGAGCUUAUGGAAACAAAGGGCCAGAUGAACUGCCUAUCCGUAGCCGUGUCAUCCCUUCUUCUCCUACCAGGACACAUAAGCCUCAUCCAUCUCAAAUCUUUUUAGUAAACCAGCUUCAUCACGUACCUGGACCUUAUGGCAUUCCAAAAUGCACAGGAGCAACGCGCAUUGGGUUGUCUCCACGUGAAGUGAAGAAAUUUCAAGUGUCUCCAAACAAAGUUAAAUAUAAAGCAGCUGUUGUCGCAUCCCCGGUCACACCGCUCGAUGUAAUUCAGCAAGGGAUAAAACCUGCCAAUUUAAAUGGGAAUCAAAGUGGAGAAGAAAAAAGAUUCAUCUCAUCUUCCAGUGAGGAUAUGCUGACUGGCUGGCCUGUGAAAGAGAAUGAUCAUUCCAUUGAGGUGCCAACAGGCAGGGAGACUGAAGCAAGAUCGCCUCUACCAUAAGUAGAUGCACAUCUAUGGUAAUAACAAGCACUUGUUUCCAUCUAAGAAUUGCCUAUCUCCACUGGAAAAGAAGGAUUCAAAUGUGGGAAAGAAACCCAACAUAAAUGUGUUGACAUUCUUACGCAAAAAAAAUUAUCCAAGGGAGUGGUAUGCAUUUAAUCAAGUUUUGUUUUAUGGUUUAUAUGUACAUAUGUGUGUAUUCAUAGUCCUAGAAAAAUGAUGCAUUACUGGAAGCAAAUUGCAAAAAAUAAGUGUUGUACAGGGAAGAGGUCAAAUUCAUGCUCAGCAUAUUUGAUUCUCCAGAGCAGGGAUCCCCAAUCUAAGACCUGCAGGCUAGAUGUGGUCCUCCAAAGUCAUUUACCCAGCCCCCAGUCUGAAACAACUUGAAGGCACACAACAAUCCUAAUGAACUUUACUAUCUCAUUGGAGAAAGGAGGCUCACACUUCCCAUUGAAAGCUGUCCAAGAUUGGGUGGUUCAUUUCACCAGGCUUUUCCUAAAUACAAUCUGAAGUAACACUUACCUUGAGAACUUAGACAGCUUAACAUCCAGUCCCUGAAGAACUCCCGUGCCUGGAUAAAAUACAUAUUAUAUUUGACAUGAAUGUUUGAACUAUAAGGGGUAGUAAAGAAGAUUCACAAGUUCUAAUUGCUCUCCACGUUAGCCAAAUUAGUGGUAGGAUUUUACAAGACAGAAGUUAGGGUGAUACAAAUGGUGAAGAAAGCAGACUAAUUCUAGCCCUUGUAAUUCAAACAGUAGGACUUUAUACUAGUCUUGUGCAUUUGUACAGAAUCAUAAUCCAUUUCUAUUUGUUUCAUUUGUAAGGCAGCUUUUUAAUUUUUGAGUGCCUCUUCCAAAAAGGGCCAGGGCCUACAGUCGGGCACCCACUCGGCACCCAGCACUUGGCUGCAGACCCUGGUGCUUUGGGCCUGCUCGCCACACACACACUCUCCUUGGAAAGUGAGAGAGUGUGUGGUGAAU